GGGGGCGCAAGGCCGUAGAUCGGUGAUUGUGAUGCACAUGUAAAUCUUGCCAGGUUCUCAGAGCGACGAUGCUCCAAGAUGUAUGUAGGUUUCACAGUGGUUUGGUCAGAGAAAUUGCAUCGGUCAAAUUGAGCAAGUUCAUUUUGAGGCAGUGGAGUGGGAAAUCCGAGUAGAAAUUCGUGAGGCCCAAUGUUGAAUGUUCGGAUUUCAGCAUACUCUCCUUUAGCCGGACUAUGCUAACUGGCCAGAAUUGUGUUUGUUGUGUGAAACGUAACGAUAAUAUUCACUUGAGUCGGGGACAGCAGAUGCAGAUAUUUCCUUUGUGGGUGGCUAUUACGUGGGCUAAAACUUAGAAGCUGGGCUGACCGAGCAGGCAACCAUGCUAGGUAGCGAACCAGUUUAGCUAGUGAAUGUGCUUACCUAGCUUACUAGUUAGUUAGCAUGGUAACUUUGCAAUUCUUCCGGGCCUGCAUCGAGCAAAAUGUUAUCUGGCAGGCUGAGACAUACGUUACAGAGAUAUGAUGUGACAUGAAAAAUAUUUCUUUUAGCCAAGGUUGUGAAUAUUGUUUUAAUGUUUCGUUCCGGUAUAUCAUAGCUGGCUUAGGGGUCACAAAUUUGUAUCUGGGACUGUCAGUGACCAGAAACUCUUGCUGCUUUAUACUCCAGAGAACCCUUCCGCGUUCCUGUCAAAUAUGUGUAGCGUCUUGGACCUCAGUGUUGAAGCAAUCUCUAUAUCAUGCUGUGGUUGCCCUCUCGACUGGGCCUCUUAACCCACGGCAGAUUCUCCUUGCCCCUCCUGCCAUCCUGCCUGCAAAGCAUUCUGGAUUCAGGCAUCCUCACCGGGAUGUAUGCCACACGCCUGUACAGCGGUGGAGGGGGUAAACCAGGUCGCCGAGUGGGCCUGGUAGGAGGUGGGCCACCCAUCAUGGAGAACCACCAUCAUUCGUUACCACAUCACCACCCUCACGUCCAGCCACCACAGACUUACCCCCCCAUCUACCAGGGUCGUCUAGACGGCCACCGGCCGCACUACCAGGCUCACCAGCAUUAUCACUCACACCCCCAGCCUCCUCAUCUGCCGCCGCCCCAUUACCAGCCUCACGCCCACAUGCACCACAGCAAGAAGAAGACCUGGAACUUCAUCCACGAGAAGAUGAGUUACGACACCUUCUUCACCAUGAAGCGGCUGAUUGACAGGUCACACAGCGUGGAUGAGGUGCUUCGCUGGGUCACCCAGAACCCCGGGAAAAUAUCUCACAACCACUAUCCCAUCGCACUGCAGAAGAUCGGCCAGCUCCUGCUGUCACAGCAGGCUGGGGGGGCAGGUGGAGGUGGGGGUGGGGGAGGGACUUCAGAAGGGACCCUGCCUGCAUCCCCAGGCGGAGGAUCAGGAGAAAAUGCCUCUCGACAGAUUCUGGAUCAUCUGGAUUUCCAGACACUGUGUGACGCCAUUGUCAAUGACUGUGCCAAGUUUGACAACUUCAGCAUUGUCAAUUGCCUCUAUGCUGUGGCCGCACUCGGGCUGCCCAGUGACUCCCAUAUUGUCCAGGUUCUGGAGAAGGAGUCCCAGGCUCGUCUGUCCCAGUUCAACCAGAAAGACAUUUCCAUGGUCUUCAGCAGCAGCAUGAAGUUGCAUCCAAGCAGCCAGCAUCCCCUGAUUGAGUCCUGUCUAGCAGGUCUGGAAAAGAACAUAGAACGCGAACGUCAUCCCCAAACCCUGUUCCUGCUUCUCUCUUACUACCGCACCAAAUGGCGUGCCCUCCAGGCUGCCGACGCCGCCUCGCCCGAGCAGCUGAUGGUCAACCGUAAGAUCCUGCGGCUGGUCAAGCACACGCUGGCCAGCGUGAGCAGCGUACGCGACCACGAGAUGGCCUUGCUGGACGAGAUGCUGUCCGCCUGUGCCCGAGAGGCCAGCAACAAGAGUCUGGAGCUCAUCUUCAGUUCGCAUCUGUUCUACCAGAACAGACAGGAAAAGUUCAUCAGCAGCCUGGCAGAGGAAUUGCCCAAAAAGGUGGACAGCAUCACCCCUUAUACUAUGGCCCUCAUUGCCAAGUAUAUAGCUCGCCACCGGCUCAGAGAAACACGCUUACUGGACACCAUUGCUGACUUUUUAGUUAAGAAGGGUGAAUACUUAGACAGCAAGGUGAUCCAGAAGUUGGUCUUUCCCUUCAGUCGGAUGAAUUACCGGCCAGCUAACGAGACCCAGUUUUUCUCCAAACUGGAGAUGGUUCUGGAGCUGAAGGCGCUGAGUUCGCCACUGGCCACGGUCAACAUCCUCAUGUCCCUGUUCCAGCUCGGCCACUUCCCUGGGCUGGUGCUUCACCGCGUCUUCUCCCCCUCAUUCAUCAGCAAUGUCACCAACAGUCCAUACGCUUUGAUUGUAAGGCGGUACUUGUCCCUGCUGGAUGCUGCUGUGGAGCUGGAGUACAGAGAGUACACUGGACCACGUCUCCAGGAAACCCACAAAGUGCUCAUGUUCGACCACGCUCUGACCGCAGAUGAAGUCAACCGCAAGUACAGCUAUAAGGGUCUGGUUGCUGAGGCCCUGAGACAGCUUGUGGGAGAACACGGUUACAAACAGGAUGAAGUACUGCCCCCAGGAUAUUACACAGAUUUCUUGCUGUGGAUUGAUGCCGCAGGUCGUGUUCUCCCCAUUAGGAGCGGUACUGCGGCUAUGUCAAUAGGGGUCGGCUCGCCCCCUUGCCCCGUCCCAAAAUCGCCAGAGGGUCCUGGUUCUGUUACAGUUCUCACCUCAGACUUCCAAAAGUUUUCGCCUUUUGCGCCUCCGUUGGAGGAGGGGGGGGACAAACGGGCAGGCGACGAAUCCGCUUUCUUGCCCCCGCACAUGCGUUCGACGGCGCCCGCCAACCAGAGAGGAGGCCCGAACGGGGGGGUUCCACUGGAUUACAACCCCUACUACCCCGCAACAGAUUACUACAGUACAUUGGCGAAGGAAAACUCUCUGGAGAGCCAGGAUAGCUCUACCCUCAGCAGCCCAUCAGACUGCCUCACCCAGGCAGGGCCCAGUGGGUCAGGGACAGGAGCUCCGCCAGACUCCCUCUUCCAGUUCUCCAUUGGGAAGAUUUUAGAGGACGAGGGAGGUGCUGCCAUCCCGGCGGGGUCCACCCCAGGACCAGACUGUGAGAUAACGACCUUUUACGAGGGAGUGACAUAUCCCGAGGGAGGAGAGAACAAUGUUGUGCCCGGCUCUCCUCUUCAGCUUCACCCGUCUGACUGCCCAGACGCAGAGAGAGCCGCUGGAGAUCAGGUCAAGAGGGUAAUAAUGUCAGUUAAUGAUAAAUGGCAUUAUUGUCACAACUCUGACGUACUGGUGGGCUCCAGGGCAAUGAGAGACCGCCACCUGCAACUUCUAGGAUACAUCAUCUUACAGUUGCCAUAUAUGGAGUUGGAGAAGUUGAAUGGCAUAGAAGAAGUGAAGCAGUACCUCCAUAAAAAGCUUUUGGAGGUUCCAUUAUGACAGCGGAAAUGCAACGUGUGUGUUUGUUUGUAUGAGUGUGUGCAUGUACAAGUCUCACAGUUCCAGAGGUUUCCUUGGUUUGAAAGGAGAGUGUUUUUUGUGUGUGUGUGUGUGUGUGUGAGUGACUGAGCUUGUCUGUGUGCAAACACAAAUUGUGACCAGCCCUGGUUUGCAGGACACUUAGGUUAAGAUUAUUGGGAGUAGAUAGUGUCUUGGUACUUGGCUAGGGUGUAUUUAAAACAAACUCUGGCCUAAAUCUAAAACCAUAUGUCUUCCAGAUUCUGUAUCUUAGGAAUGUAUACAGCCCCUUUCCGCUACAGUAAUUUCUUAGAUGUUUUUAAGGAUGAAGACUCCUUAUCUUUGGACAUAUUUGUAUUUAGAAGUGCUACUCCAUAGCUCAUGACUUCAGGCCACACACUACCUGGUAAAAUCACUGUACAUUAAACAGUCGUUAGCACCUUUAUUGUAUGGCUUUACAUUUCGGCCAGAGUGAGUUCUUUUGAGGUACAUUUGAUCAUGGAUUUGGUGUAGGAAAAAGGAAUCGGGAGGUUAACUACGAUGUCCUGCUUUUGAGAUUACUUUAUGGUGGUGUUAUUUUUGUUUGUUUGUUUGUUUUUGUUUUGUUUUUGUUUUUGUUUUUUAAAUAUUCUGUCCCUCAUUACUGUUGUAAAGCAUGUUGGGGACAGGAUGGAAACGGAGACUGAGAGUUUGCCUUGUUAGAGGCAGAUGUGAUAUCUGGUGUAUUUAAUGACACUAGUACUUUGUAAUGCGGUCCGAAGUAUAGGCUCCUGGUGUGAUCCUCCGAAUUCGACCUGUUCAUAUUAGAUGAUCACAGACGCAGCCACACCAAGGCCAGGACUGCUCUUCAUCACCACAUCUGUAAACUGAUGUGUUGGAAUGAUUUGGGGGUCAAAAUGAGUUCUUUUUGAAAAAUGUUGGAUGGGGGUUUUUUUUGAUAGUGUCUUAUAAUUCUGGUGUACUUGGAUCCGAGUAGGUUAAAUGGAUAUUAAAUGGAGGUGGAUUAAAUGGAGAAUGUGCAGCUGUACUGAAAGUCAGAUUAUAUACAUAAAUAUAUAUUUUCUCAAAUGAUCUAUCAGCAGUGGUGUCUUAUAGAACAUUGCAGAGCAGCACACCCAGUGGAUUGUGGGAACCUUAUUUUGUAUGACCCAGCUCUCCCCGUUUUGUUUUACUUCAUAGUCGCCAAGAGAGUCAUUGUCUUCUCUUAAAUGAGUAAAUAUGGACGCUAUUAUGUUAUUUGUAAAGCACCCCCCCAUCACUUUUAUUAAAGAGAUGGCUUUGGAGUUCUGAAUAAGUUACUUUGACAUGAACAAGCCAUAGUAGACGUUUCCACUUCAUCUCUGCCAUUUCAGACCGAAUCUAUCCGCUCAGUCGGUGAACUUUGUCCAGAUUUUCCAAACCAUGUUGACCUUAGUUUUAUCUGAAGCAGUAGAAGUUAAAUCUUGUUUCAGUGUGAACAAAUUCCCCACCUUCUGCUGCCGCUGUGUCUGUGUUUGCUUUGCUCUGCGCAAGACAGCCAACCAUCGCUCGAGCUGGGAAGCAGAAAUAAUUUAUUAUGACGAGUUGGUUUGAAUGUAAGGGAGACAUGAGAGUGGAUGUUUGUAUUGGGUUGUACGUUGGGAAAUGG